AUGUGGGUUGGGAGUGUAUUAGUACCUGUUUAUGCACUGUGUUUUAUGGUUUAUUGAAUAGCACCGAGCUAUUUGGAAGGGGGUCUAAUAUCUAUAGUGAAAGGUUUUGUUUCUGGUUUACCUCCGAAAGUAAAAACCAUGGGUGGUAGAGCUCAUCUCUUUGUUACAUUGUUAUUAGUUUUAAUAAUGUUUAACAUUGGCGGUGUUUUUCCUUACAGUUACCCUGUUAUAGCUCAUUUUAUUGCUUCAAUAAGUUUUGCUUUACCUUUUUGGUUUAUAACUUUUAUUUUAAAUUUUAACCCUAACUGGAGUUUGUUUUGAUUAAUUAGAAUUCGUCAAGGAGGGUCUUUAAUGCCAACUGCUAUAGCUAUAAUUUCUGAGUGAGUAAGUUUAAUUGCUCGUCCUGUUACUUUAAUGUGUCGAUUAAGAAUAAAUAUUAUUGUGGGUCAACUUGUAUUAAAACUUGUAUCUUCCUUGAGUGUAGGAAUUCUAUAUCCUUUUGGUAUUUUUAAUGUGUCUGUUUUUGUAGGUUCUUUGGUGUGGUUACUUAUCACUUAUUUUUUGUUUGUAGUUGAAUUAUGUGUAGGGCUUUUACAAUCGUUUAUUUUUGUUGGACUUUUGGUUUUUUACGUUUAUGAAGUGGUAAUAAGACCUGAGUAA